AGGUUUUUAAUUGCGUUUUAAAGUUAUUUUAUGCCCCACUGUAAAUUUGUUUUUUGGCAGAUACAAAGUAUUACUUCACAGCCAUCUAAAUAUUACAAGGCAGAGAAUAUUAUCUCAAAACAUUAUUUAUCAGAAUUAAUUUUACAAAUCUCGUGUUCGAAUGGUAAUCUUAUCUAUUGUAAAUAUGACUGUUUCGACAAUUAUAUUUCAGGAUAUUAAUCAGUACAACUUGAAAUAAUGAACGUUUACACUCAAUUGACAGAACAAUCGAUAAUUAAGACGUACUACAGUCGUAACAGACAUAGUUUUAAACAAGAGAACAUUGAAUCAGAAGCCACGCCUACAUGGCCAAGGUAAAUAAAGAAAUCAGUUGGUAUGACAAGAUUUGAUAAGAAAUUCAAACAUUUCUUGUCAGUUGUGUCAUGUGAAGUUCAGAAAUGGCUCAGCAGUUAUCCACUUCGGCCCAGGUAACAUCAUGCCUGGUCGCCAGUGGAGGUCUCCUUUCCUCUGGGAUGACCGUCGCGUUUCCUUCCAUUUACAAAGAACAAAGGCUGCCAACAGAAAUAUCAUGGCUGGGCAGUGCAUCCCACUUCGCCAUGAUCGGCGGUUCGUUGCUAGUUGGGCCGUUGAUGGAUUCCUUUGGAAGGAAGAUUGGAUUAGUUCUUGCACUUAGUUUUUCGAUGAUAGGUUGGUCGUUCAUCGGCGGCUCCGGAUGGCUGGUUCCAGGUAGGCUGAUGACCGGGCUCUCCGCGGGUAUUGUCUCUGCUCCGGUUUCUGUUCUUGUCGCCGAGAUCUCGGCCCCGAAGUUGAGGGCGCAUCUGACUGUUUACAAGCACACUGCCUUCUCGCUUGGUCUCUUCAUUAUGUACUCCUUUGGUCUAAUAUUCAAGCCCUUUGCAAUCCUCAUCGUUUCGGACGUUACCUACCAGCUACUUGACGCACACCUCAUAUCGGUGGUGGCCUGGGUCCCUGAGACCCGAAGAGGACUAACCAACGUGUCCUACGGUCCUUUCUUCGCAGCUCUCCCUCGUCGGAAGGAUGUCUCUCGUCCGUUCCUCUUGAUGGCAGGUCUAGCCUCACUCAAACAACUUUCUGGAACGACAGUGGUCCUUUCUUAUGCGAGCCAGCUGCUUGUGGCCGGAGGAGAUACGCAAGCCGAGCUCGGAGCGGUGUACAUCGGAGCAGUUCGGCUGGCCGCUUCGCUGUUCGCAGCACCGCUAGCCGCUCGCUUCGGCCGGCGCUCGCUCGCCUCGCUCGGCGGCUACCUCUCCUCCCUGUCCCUCCUCGUCAUGGCGGGAGGAUCCUCCCAGUCCCUCGCCUGCCUCCUCGUCUUCGUCUUCUCCUCGGCUAUCUCCAGUUCCGCCAUUCAGGCUCUGGUUUGUACCGGCUUGACGACCACAGCGACCUACGUAUCGGCGUUUGCUGCCUUGCACUCACAUCCAUGGCUUCUGUCGAGUCUGGGACUGCAUCGCUUGCUGGGGAUCUACGCGACGAUCGCUGUAAUAACUACGCUCAUCGUGAUAUUCUUCCUUCAUGAUACAGCAGUCACUGUCAAAGAAGUCGAACUGGGCCAACCUGAUGCUGAGGAAGUUAUUGAACCGCUUAAGGAAGAAACAAAAGAGAUGGUUGCGGCUGAUGAAGUGAAACAGAAUUGCUGAGCUAAUUAUCGAACCGCUUAAAGAAGAAACAAAAGAGAUGGUUGCGGCUGAUGAAGUGAAACAGAAUUGCUGAGCUAAGUUUUGGCAAGCUUGCCAGGGCCCUCCGAAGCGAUGUAUCUUUCGCAACAAUCUUACCACCUAAAAUACUCAACCAUUGUGAUAUAUAGAGCUACUAUAGCUAAAUACUUAACGUAUUUAUUGUUAUUUAUGAACAUUAUAGAUAUUUUAAUAAAACUUUUAAAACAUAUCAACAAAUGAUUUA